AUGGGAACCGUUACAGUAGAUGAAGUUAACUUCCAGCAGUUAUUGGACCGUAGUGAGAGACUUCUUGCGGAAAAUAUUUCUUCCAAUAUAUUUAAAAUUCAUGCAGCUCUAAAAGAGCUGGGGGAAUUAUACGAUCGACUAAAAAGGAACAGGAACAUUGAUGGGGAUGUUUUAAAGCAUUAUGGACGAGAUUUGCAAGCACUACGUCUUCAGAUUGAGGCAGAGCAAAAAAAAUCUACCGCAGUUGACGAUGAACAGGACUUAGCAACAGAUUUCGAAACCGCUGCUGAAGAUCCGAAUAAAGAUGUUUUUAUGAAAGCCAAAAAGAAGGCCGCACAACAGGCUGAUUUGCGCUUGCAGUUACUUGGAGCACCGGAAAAGUCAUCAUCUUCUGAUCUUGAUUUGGAUGCGGAACAAAUUUCUCGGCGUGAAGCUGAAAAGCAGGAAAAUUUGAUGGACGAAUUAUUUGGUAUGACACGCCUAAUGAAACAAACAUAUUCAACAGCUAGUGCAGUUAUCAAAGAAGAUAAUGCGAUGUUAUCUCGAUUGCAGCAAGCGGCAAAUAGUCAUAAAGGGAGUUUGUUAAAAGAAAGUAAACGACUUGAAGAGCGUGCAUAUCGUUCGUGGUGUGAUUGUUUGUACAUUGUUGGUGUUUGUGCUAUAGUUAUGUCAUUUCUAGCUAUGGUAUUUGUUAUGAGAGUUUUUACUAAAAAAUUUUCAUGA